AGUCAAUCUUCAAGGAUAAACCAUACAUCCCCGUCUACAUUACAUGAAUGAAAGUUGUCUAAAUAUUUCAUCAAUCAGAAGAUAUUCAAAUAAUUUUUUUUAACUUCAUCAUGAGUGUAGGCAACAAUAGGGAUGUCAAUUUUGACCUGACCCGUUUUACCCGAUCUGUUUGGCCUGCUAUAGGGCGGGGCGGGCAUGGGUACCUCUCGUCGACUCGACCUGCCCUAACCCGCCCUAUUCUCGACCCGUUCUUGCGUAUAUUACAUGUAAUCUUAGUCAAAUUAUCUAGAAUUUUCAUCAUAUUACCUCAUUAUUUAGCUAUAAUAAAGUUAUAAAUAAGUGAAAAUCUCAAUUCUCCAAUACUUUAACUACAUUUUAUCAUAUUAUGAUUUAUUUCUUGGUCUUUUAAUGAAAAUAAUGAAUAUUUUUAAAAUUUUCCACAUAAGUUACAUACACAUUGGGUCGACCUGCCACGACCUGCGCCCCAUGAUAAAUUACGUGACCUGAACCCGACAUACCACAGGACGGGUAUAGAUAUCGAGAUACCCUGCCCGAACCUGCCCAUUACCAUUCCUAGGCAACAAAUGUCCUCAAGUAAGCUACGUUAUGUAAGAUUGCAAGACAUAAUACAAAUCAAUUUGCAGUUUAGUGGUGAAGUUGUUGAUUUAAAGUUUGAGAUCCAUUGUUCAAAAGUCUUAUUUUAAAAUUCCACUUUCUUUAACUUUGCUUUCUUUUGACAUACUAACCAAUGUACCGAUAAGCUAUUCAAACCGGUUGAUUUCUUCGAAUUUGACUAGACUUCUCUAGGAUGGCGAUUCUGGGUUGAACCGAUUCAACCAAUGAGUAGACCCGCAAGUUGACAACCAUGAUUUUCACCGUAGCUUUCCAUAUUUUCUCCGAAAUAAAAUGCAUGACAAUAUCACCUAAGUUUUAGUUUGGUGUAUAUUGACCAGUGUUAUUAAAAACGAACUGGGCAGCAACCCGAAUUAGCAAGAGGUUUAACGUUAAUUGAAUAAUAGGUGAUCUACCGGUAUAAAACAGAUUAUAAAACCAAUUGACAUACAAUUUUUCAAAUAAAAUAAUUAUAGUUUCAUGCUCAUUUGAAAUUUAGUAUUGGUGUAGGAAAAUUUAAAAUUUUAUAUCUAAUAUACAUAGUCAAUAAAAUAAUUCAAUAUGAAAAAGUUAACCAAUAACCAUAGAAGGAAUAGAGAAACAAAAUCAGAAAAAGCCAGGUUAGGAAUACCUUCCCUUUUACUUUUUUAAGUUUUUCUUAUAUGGCGAUAUGGCAUAAUUUUAAAACUCUCCUCCUUUUCCUUUAUUUUUUUACUUGUUUAGCUUUUCUUAUAUGGUAGGUCAUUAAAAACUAAAAACGAGAAAAACGGCAGUUUUGGUUUGGUCGGUUCUAGCAGUUAACCAGAUCUAUCGGUUACAACCCAAGAGACCAUUUUUGUUAUCGUUUUUAAUAUGUCAGGACCAAAAUUAUUGCAGGAUUCUAUUUUCUCGGUCUGAGCGAACGGUCCGAGCCUUUUUUGGUAAUAGGGUAAUGUGCGGGAUGGGAUUAGGUGCUAACUAGCAAAAAUCACUACGGAUUAUUAUAAAAUCAAUACAACAUCUAAGCUAAAUCACUACUAAUUCAAACUAGUAGUAGCUAAUUCAAACUAGUAGUAGUUUUUCACUUGGUUAGGACGGUGCUAACUAUUGUACAAUUAGCACCGUAGCCGUUCCCUCUUAGGCGAAUCCCACAUCAACAAAGUACGGGAGAGAUCCAUGGUUCAUAAGUACGAAACCGACCUUAACUGACAAGACGCGUUUUGGGGUGAAACGAAGGAGUUCUUGUGAGAACUCCGAAGUUAAACGUGCUCAGUGCGGAGCACAACAAGGUUAGGUGACCUUAUGGGAAGUCACCCUGAAUUACACCCCAAGUCGAAAACCGUGCGAGUGUAGAGGCCCAAAGCGGACAGUAUCUUGUCGGGAAAAGGUUCGGGAUGUUACAGGAAUGGGAAACAGUGCAAUAAAAACAAUAGAGUAAUAGCGAAAUUCUAUUGUAUGCAAUGGGAAACAAUGUAUUCAGCAUAAGAGUGUAAGUUAUACCUCAAUUUAGUGAGUUGUUAUAUACUAAGUUGUAAUAAAAAUCGUGGAAGUGGUCCUGAUUUUCUGGAAGCUUUAUCUAUUUGAGCAACUGGACUUAAUACUAAUAGAAUCUUAAUUACAGAAAAAGUUUAUUUCAUUGAGUUAGUAUUUGAUUUCAUUUUAACGUAUAGUACUAUAUUAAAUUUUAUAAUUUUAGCAUAAAUAAUGUGUAAUCAACGGUUGUGGAGGUCUUGUAUUGAGAUUCUUCGCACUAUUUGCUUUGAUUUCAAGGUGAAAAAAAAAACUCAAAAGUUAAUGGCCCGUUUACUUGCCAUUCCAUUUCUGUUAGCUGCCACAACAGAAAACAAAAUUAAAAUGAAAACGAAGCUGACCAUUUCCUGGAAAACAAAACCUGAAAAAACCUUGUUUAGCUGAGAUUUUUGGUGAGUUCUGAAACUGAGUUAGAUCUGACUCAUAUAUAUGAGAAGGUUUGUAUUGGGUUGGGAUGAUAAAAUAAUAAAAAAAUCAAUGUACUAGUUCACUAAAACUAAAUGUUACGUGCCAUAAUAACAAAUGUUAAGAAAUUUUAAGCGUGAAAUCGACCAUAUUUCCCUAAAAUAUUUAGUAGAAUGUUUGAAUGGGAGUUUCAAGUUUAAUAUUUGAAUUAAAUUGUACGUCACAGUCUCACAGAUCCCAUGUUUGAAUUGUUCAAUGAGAUGGAAACCUGGGCACAUUAUAUUAUAUGGGUAACUGAAUUUGUACUCAUCAAUUACUAGUAAGUCACCAUAGUAGCUUAUCAAACAUGAAGCUAAUGAGGUCUCAAGUAAUUGCAAAAAAUAGAUAAGCAAUGAAAUAUGAAGGAAUCACAAUCAAAGGUGAAAGGACAAUAGGUGCUCCCGUGAAGCUAAGCCCUAAUCAUGAUCAUCACACGAAAAACCCAAAGUAAUGUUCACGAUUACUUAAUUAGCUCGAACAAUAUCAGCAACCUUUUAUGCUUCAAUCUCUAUAAAUUCUCAGGCGGCCUUCAGCUUCAUUCAAACAAACAUCCAAUUAUCUCAACAUGGCCAAGUUCACAAUACUACCCAUCCUUCUCCUCCUAGCGAUAUCUCUCCCACUACUCCUAGCCGUGUCAGGAUCCAUACAAAUCACUACCGAGGUGGAUUGUGGUUCCAGCCGUGGAGAUGUCGAGGUGGGCUCCCAUGAUCCUAUCGAUGUCGUCGAGCCAGAGAGCGAGGUGGAUGAACAACUGGAGGAUGAUCAUCAGGGUUUCUUCGACGACGAGGAAGAGGCUGGAUCCAUGUCUAGCGACGUGGAUCUAGAGAGCGAUAUCAAUGACCAAUAUGAUGAUGAAGGCUUGUUUCAGGAUGAGGCUGGCUCCGUGCCUAGCGACGUGGAGCUAAUAGAGAGCGAUAUUGAUGAACAACUUGGUGAUGAAGGCUCGUUGCAGGACGAGGAUGGCUCCAUGUCUGGCGACAUGGAGCUAACAGAGAGCGAUAUCGAUGACCAACUUGAUGAUGAAGGCUCGUCUGAGGACGAGGAUGGCUCCAUGUCUGGUGACAUGGAGCUAGAGAGCGAUAUCGAUGAUGACCAAUAUGAUGAUGAUGAAGUCUUGUUUCAGGACGAGGCUGAUCAGGAUGAGGACGAGGCUGGUUCCACGACUAGCGACGUGGAGCUAGAGAGCGAUACUGAUGAACAACUCGACGAUGAAGGCUCGUUUCAGGAUGAGGAGGACGAGGACGAGGAUGGCUCCACGCCUAGCGACGUGGAGCUUAUAGGGAGCGAUAUCGAUGAACAACUUGAUGAUGAAAGCUCGUUUCAGGACGACGACGAGGACGAGGCUAGCUACAUAGCAAUGCCAACAGAUAACCGUGAACAGGAUGAUUCUGAACGAUCAGAAUCAUCCUAUUCGGAUGAUCAUGCCGAAUUUGACCCAGAGGAGAGUACAAGUUCGGAGGAUAAUUUGGGUGUUCCGGUAAGGAACGUGGUAACGCAAGCAUUCUUCGACAGCAUAAUAACUGGAGUGCAACGGGAAGAAUCCUGCUGCCGUAAAGGCUCGCGUCGACUUCUACAGGGACUACUGCAAGCGCUUCGGUGUCGCACCGGGGCCUAAUCUCACCUGCUAAUUAUCAAAACAUUUACAGCAGCAUACUACUAUUGAACAUUUAAAACUUUGCCAAUGCGUGUUUGCUUGUUUCGUCGUCGAAAGAAUAUAUUGUUAAGAGUCUCUGGUUAUAUUCAUGAAUCAUCAGUAUGGGUGAAUAUAGAGGCUUAUACUUGUCAAAUUCUAAUGAAAAACUUUCCUAUUGUACUUUUAUCUUUUAAGAAUCAGAAUAAAAGGUCUCGAUCAAUGAAUCAUAUUCAUUUUUUCACCUAACCCUACCUUUUAAUCACUAAUCUUUUGUACGGAAGGAAAUAUGUAACCAACUAAUUAAUUAUGUGAAGUUCAAUGGCAUAUUGAGAAAGCUGACAUCAUAGAAUAUAGAUGGUUAGGAAAAAUAAAACCACGUAUAUAUGAGUAUCAGAGUAUAUGCGGAAAAGAAUGUUAAACAAUAUGCAAACUUAAACAGAAACAUAAUUUGACACAAGAAUGACGUGGUUUCCUCGUCCAGGGUGAACGCGAGGCUAGUCCACGGCCGAAGCUGAGUAAAACUCGUAAUAGUAGACCGAAGAUGAGUAAUAGUAAUUAUAGAGACACGUUGGUUUGAUAAUUAAAAUUUGAUGCCACUAUACUGUGAUCUUGUCAUUGUUUGACUUUGCAUUGUUAGGAGUGUUCGUUUUAGACAUAUCCUGAAACAAUCGAGUUCAUCUCAUGUAUAUCGAUCAAUAGAACCAAUACAACCUUAACCACGAUUCAAUAUUAAUUAAACCAUCAUGAUCACCACAUUUACACAUUCAAUGACACAUAUCAUAUGAACGAGUAAUAGGAAAAUUACAUGUAAUGUGAUCUUGAAAAUGCAUAUUAUUCAACGAGUCCAACUUUAUUUCUUAAUGUGAUUAGUCAAAAUUCCCUCAUACCAAAUGAUUAUUGCACAACUGAAGGCACUCUAAAUCCAAAAUAGACUCUAUAAAACCAUCACUUUAUUUUGUAGAAAUUGAUUAAAGUCAUAUUCUAUUGAACAUAAACCAAACUAUCAUAUGAAAUCACACUCAUAAUAGUAAUAUGCUGAUGAGAACGAUAAGUGUUAAAAUUUAAACAUUUGGUUAAUAGGUUAGCUGGCAUUUGUUAAUUGUUAUGUCCUUAAUGUUCUAUAGAAGUUUGUCUAUUUUAAACCUUCUCAUGGAACAUGGUAUCAGUAAUGUUUUACUUGUGAAAUCAUGUUGUAAUGAUAGUGUAUCACUAUGGUAACAUUGCCACUAUAAAACUUUAAUGACUUAAUGUCAUGUAGCUCUAAAUCAAAAUGAGUGACCAAUGCCAUCUUCGUGACAAAAAAACUCUCUUAUCGGUGAUUCAACUUAUGUUAAUCAUCGUCCUCAUCUCGUCUUAUUUAUGUCGAUUACAUAAAAAUAUUGACAUUUCGUAUAUGUUCGGUUGGGUUAGGGAAUAUGCGUGGAGAAAGGGUGCAAGGAGAGGGAGCAAAGCCAUGUUCAGGCUUGAAUUCCACUCAUGGCUCCUUUCAUUACCACUUCGAGCAGCUUCCUGACAGAAGAAGGCAGCAAUUAUCUGGCCAAUCUUGGCAUGCAUUCAUUGGCAAGUAAAUGGAAGGAAGAAAGCAAACUCAAAUCACCAUUUUUAGUUUCUACCAACCGUUUGUUUCCCGCAAGCAAACCCACCUCACCGCCUUUUUGUCUUUGCACGCAUGCGGCAUGCCAAACCCUUUCCUAAAAGGAUUAAAAGGAUUAAGGAAACAAAAAAUUUCAUGUUUUAGUAAUGAACUAGCGUGGCCCCGGUCAGUUGGUCGGAGGAAGGUGAUGUAUGAAAUUUGAUAAUGUAAUGGGGUGUAUAGCUUAUUGUUGUAUAGUUUUUUUUGGAAACACGUGAUAAAAAUAGUAAAUUUUA